AUGAGCACUUCAGCAGGAUCGCGCGGUACAUCUCCCAGUCAGCCAAAACGCUCUAAAUUUUCGAUCGAAGUAAGGACGGUGAAACCAUUCCCUAAGAAGGAGAUUGAAGUCGCAGUCGAUGAAGCUAUUAAGGUGGCAGAAGUAGCGAGAAGAACUGCUGAUAUAGCUCCUUGGCUAGGAAUUCUCAAAGCGACCAUGGGUACAUUGAUUACGGCCUUGGAGGAUGUUCGG